AUGUAUGCUGUAUACAGACAAGCUCAUCCCCCAACCGGGCUGGAAUUCUCCAUGUUUUGCAACUUUUUCAAUAACUCGGAGAAGAACCUGGUUGUUGCUGGAACCUCUCAGAUUUACGUGUAUCGUCUUAAUCAUGACAGUGAGAGUUCAUCCAAGGGCGAGAAAAGCUCAGAAGGAAAAACUCACAGAGAGAAGCUGGAGUUGAUGGCUUCCUUUUCGUUCUUUGGUAAUGUCAUGUCUAUGGCCAGUGUCCAACUUGCAGGGGCCAAAAGAGACGCCCUGUUACUGAGCUUUAAGGAAGCCAAGCUGUCGGUGGUUGAGUACGACCCUGGGACACACGAUCUGAAGACGUUAUCGCUGCAUUACUUUGAGGAGCCAGAACUGAGGGAUGGCUUUGUGCAGAAUAUUCAUAUUCCAAUGGUGCGGGUGGAUCCCAGUGGGCGCUGUGCAGUAAUGCUUAUAUACGGCACACAACUGGUGGUCCUGCCUUUCCGGAGGGACACGUUGGCAGAGGAGCAUGAUGGGGUAGUGAGUGAGGGGCAGAAGUCCAGCUUCCUCCCCAGUUAUAUCAUUGAUGUGCGCGAGCUGGAUGAGAAGCUGCUGAAUAUAAUAGACAUGCAGUUCCUGCACGGAUACUACGAACCUACACUGCUCAUCCUGUUUGAGCCCAACCAGACCUGGCCGGGCCGCGUGGCUGUCCGUCAGGAUACCUGCAGUAUUGUUGCCAUCUCCCUUAACAUCUUACAGAAAGUCCAUCCGGUCAUCUGGUCUCUCUCUAGUCUGCCAUAUGACUGCACCCAGGCACUGGCAGUGCCCAAACCAAUUGGGGGAGUUGUAAUCUUUGCUGUGAAUUCUGUGUUGUAUCUGAAUCAAAGUGUCCCCCCGUAUGGAGUGUCCCUGAACAGCUUAACCAAUGGGACAACUGCGUUCCCUCUCAAGAUCCAGGAUGGCAUUCGGAUCAGUCUAGAUUGUUCUCAGGCAACGUUUAUCUCUUAUGACAAGAUGGUGAUUUCCUUGAAGGGUGGAGAGAUUUACGUUGUGACUCUGAUUACGGAUGGGAUGAGAAGUGUUCGCUCUUUUCACUUUGACAAAGCAGCUGCAAGUGUCCUCACCACAUCUAUGACUCUAAUGGAACCAGGCUACUUGUUCUUGGGCUCACGUCUGGGUAACUCUCUGCUCCUUCGCUAUACAGAGAAGGUUCAAGACUCCCCUACUGGGUCCAGCAAGGACCAUGACAAACUGGAUGAGCCGCCAAACAAGAAGAAGCGAAUAGAUCCCCCUGGGCUACGUUCAGGUGGAAAAGGCCCCAUGGCAGAUGAGAUCGAUGAAAUCGAGGUGUAUGGCAACGAGAUGCAGUCGGGCACACAGCUGUCUACUUAUUCCUUUGAGGUGUGUGACAGUAUAUUGAAUAUAGGUCCCUGUGCUAUGGCAUCCAUGGGAGAGCCAGCAUUCUUGUCUGAGGAGUUUCAGAACAGUCCUGAGCCAGACCUUGAGAUUGUUAUGUGUGCUGGGUAUGGGAAGAAUGGUGCCCUCUCUGUGUUGCAGAAAAGUAUCCGCCCACAAGUAGUAACAACCUUUGAGCUCCCUGGAUGCCAUGACAUGUGGACAGUCGUAUCUUCUGGCAAAAAAGAUGAGUCUGAGAAUUUAAAGGAUGAGACAGAUGCUGUAUCAGAAGAGAUAGAGGACAAAAACAGACAUGGCUUCCUCAUCUUGAGUCGAGAAGAUUCCACUAUGAUUUUGCAGACUGGGCAGGAGAUCAUGGAGUUGGACACCAGUGGUUUUGCCACUCAGGGCCCCACUGUGUAUGCUGGAAACAUCGGUGACAACAAGUAUAUAGUACAAGUGUCCCCUCUGGGAAUCCGGCUGCUGGAAGGAGUGACCCAGCUGCACUUUAUCCCGGUGGACCUUGGCUCCCCUAUUGUACACUGCGCGGUUGCAGAUCCCUAUGUGGUCAUUCUCAGCGCGGAAGGUCAUGUCUCCAUGUUUGUAUUAAAAAGUGACACAUACGGGGGGAAAACACACCGUCUCGCUCUGCAGAAGCCCAACCUGCACCAUCAAUCUAAGGUCAUUGCCUUGUGUGUGUACCGAGAUGUCAGUGGUAUGUUCACCACAGAGACCAGAUCUUCCCAAGCAAAAGAUGACCUGUCUGGACAGAUUUCUGAGGGUGACAGCCUCUUUCAAGAGAUGAGAUUUACCAGCUACCGGAAUGGCGUCUGGUGUUUCUGGUGAAGAACUUCCCCAUGGGUCAGAGAGUGCUUGUGGAUAGCUCCUUUGGACAGCCAAGUGCUCCCGGGGAGGGUCGGAAAGAAGAAGUCACGCGACAGGGGGAAAUGCCUCUAGUGAAGGAGGUGUUACUGGUCGGUCUGGGAAAUCGCCAUAGCCGUCCCUACUUACUGGUCUUGGUGGAUGUUGAGCUCCUCAUAUAUGAAGCUUUUGCACAUGACUCUCAGCUGGGGCAGGGAAAUCUGAAGGUUCGGUUUAAAAAGAUCCUGAUUAUGGAUAUUAUUGAAGUUGUCCCAGAACCAGGGCAGCCGCUUACAAAGAACAAGUUUAAGGUCCUUUAUGAGAAGGAGCAGAAGGGUCCAGUCACAGCAUUGUGUCACUGCAAUGGCUACCUGGUGACCGCCAUUGGCCAGAAGAUUUUCUUGUGGAGCCUGAAGGACAAUGACCUGACGGGCAUGGCAUUUAUAGACACCCAGCUCUACAUUCACCAGAUGAUUAGCGUCAAGAAUUUCAUCCUUGCAGCGGACCUGAUGAAGAGCAUCUCCUUAUUGCGAUACCAAGAAGAAAGCAAAACCCUGUCCCUCGUUAGCAGGGAUGUAAAGCCAUUGGAGGUGUAUAGCGUUGCCUUCCUCGUGGACACUGCUCAGCUUGGCUUUCUAGUGUCAGAUCGGGACAGAAACCUCAUUUUGUACAUGUAUCUACCUGAAGCCAAAGAAAGCUUUGGAGGGAUGCGCCUCCUGCGCCGUGCUGAUUUUCACGUGGGUUCUCAUGUAAAUACCUUCUGGAGAACUCCGUGCAGAGGAGCUGGUGAUGGGCCGAGCCGCAAAACCGUUUUGUGGGACAACAAGCAUAUAACUUGGUUCGCCACUCUGGACGGAGGUGUAGGGCUGCUGCUCCCCAUGCAGGAAAAGACUUAUCGUCGGUUGUUGAUGUUACAGAAUGCCCUGACCACUAUGCUGCCUCACCACGCUGGGCUCAACCCACGGGCGUAUAGGAUGUUGAACCUCGGACGCCGUACUCUACAGAACGCUGUGCGGAAUGUGUUAGACGGGGAACUCCUGAAUCGUUACCUGUAUCUGAGCACCAUGGAGCGCAGCGAGCUGGCCAAGAAGAUCGGAACCACAACAGACAUUGAUGUUGUUUCUUCUGGCAGAAGGACCUGGCUCUCUGCUGCAGACGAUGGCCUUGAAAACCAGCCGUUGCUCUCACUGUCUGUGGAAGUUCAGUGA